AUGCCAAUGGUGGUCCAGGAGCAAGUUACUCCAGAACAGUUGGCUAAAGCGGCACUGGCGGUCGCCGUCCUUCCUCCGCCGCGCGGCCCGACGCCCCUUCUCCGCGUUCGGAGACCCCGCCCAGUGCCGCGCGGCUCGGCCGUUCCCGGCGCGACCAAGGAGCUGCCAGGUCCAGCGGCGGCGCCGGCCCCCGGGGGAGGCUGGCCCAGGCGUUCUCUUCGUUACCAACAGCUCUGGAAAGAAAAAUGGUGCAGAAGGGUCUUGGCGGAGAACGCUGUUCCCUUCACCGCCCUGAGGGAAGCUCAUUCCCCGAGCCGCUCGAAAGCAGGAAAUGAGCGGCAAAGGCGCGGCCACACGCAUACUGGAUCUGGAAGGACCGGCGAUCCCGCGCUUCGCCCUCCAGGAGCUCACGAUCGUCUCUGCCGUGCUCUUGCCACGUCGUGGGACAGCGCCACCGGCGUCCCCUUCCCGCCCCGAGCCCGCGGUGGGGGGGUGGGCUGCGGCCGGGACAAGCGCCCGGGCCCCCACUGGCGCGAUGCUCCCCGCACCCGCCGCGGGGUCUGCUCUCCGCUUGGGCGAACGCCCAGGGUGCAUCCCGCAGGUGGGGCCACCGGCUCCGGCGCCGCGAUAAAGGGACCCAGGCACAGCCCGGAAGUCCCCAGGCCACCCGUUCCCCAGCACCCUUCGGGGAAAUCCCGGACGGCUCUGCAGGAGACAAAACAAAAACCCCGUAUAACUGAAACCGAGCCGGGCGGCGGACCGAGUGGCGGCGGCGACGGUUCCUCUCGCUCUGCAUGCGCGGAGACAACUCCCGUCUCGCGCUCUGCUGCUCCAGUGUAUCCGGCCGAACCAUAGAGACCAACUUAAGGAGGCUCGCGCGCUACUCCCCACCACGUGACAGCCCCGCCAGGCCGCUCCCCCGCGCCGCCAUCUUACAUCCGGGACAGAGGUGGCGUCCCUUCUUCCCCCCCUUGGCAAGCUUGGACGUGUCAGUAGAAAUCAGCCCCAAAAGGGGGGACCCCGGUCCACGUCAUCAAAGUGCUGAGGCCGCGGGACAUACCCCAGAUUCGCUCCACUGGGGCUAAAUGGUCCCUAACUUCUCCCGGCCUUUGCCGGCAAAGAAGAUGGCGGCGCUCGCCGCCGCCUGAGUGGACACGUUGCACUCUGGCCGAGGUUUUAAGUUUCCGGCACAGAGGAUGCAGCCUUAUGCGCUCCACCUCCGCGGCGUGCCCACGGAGCUGCAUUCCGCAGAAAACAGGCGGGAAAGCUGCUGCAUGGCUCACUAAUGCGCAGGCUCCUGGGACUACUGUUUUUUAUCUUGAGACCAAGUUUGGGAAAAGGCUGACUGCCGUGGAACCUCAUCUGCUCUUGGCCCUGACACCUUACU